UCCUCCCUCAGCCUCACUGCCCUGCCUCCGCCGGCCCGGUGCCCCAUCCGGCUGCCACCGGACGCUGUCUCUGGGGGUGGAAUCCUGUGCUCCUGCUGUGCCCAGAGCACACCAUGUCUGCCAACGGCACGCUCAAGCCGCUCUGCCCGGUCCUGGAGCAGAUGAGCCGCAUCCAAAGCCACAGCAACUCCAGCAUCCGCUACAUGGACCACGCGUCGGUGCUGCUGCACGGGCUGGCGUCGCUGCUGGGCCUGGCGGAGAACGGGCUCAUCCUCUUCGUGGUGGGCUGCCGCAUGCGCCAGACGGUGGUCACCACGUGGGUGCUGCACCUGGCGCUGUCCGACCUGCUGGCCACCGCCUCCCUGCCCUUCUUCACUUAUUUCCUGGCCGUGGGCCACUCGUGGGAGCUGGGCACCACCUUCUGCAAACUGCACUCCUCCAUCUUCUUCCUCAACAUGUUCGCCAGCGGCUUCCUGCUCAGCGCCAUCAGCCUGGACCGCUGCCUGCAGGUGGUGCGGCCCGUGUGGGCGCAGAACCACCGCACGGUGGCCGCGGCCCACAGGCUCUGCCUGGCGCUCUGGGCCCUGGCCGUGCUCAACACCGUGCCCUACUUCGUGUUCCGGGACACCAUCCCGCGGCUGGACGGCCGCAUCAUGUGCUACUACAACGUGCUGCUCCUGAACCCGGGGCCCGAUCGCGACGCCACGUGCAACUCGCGCCAGGCGGCCCUGGCCGUCAGCAAGUUCCUGCUGGCCUUCGUGGUGCCGCUGGCCAUCAUCGCCUCGAGCCACGCGGUCGUGAGCGUGCAGCUGCGCCACCGCGGCCGCCGGCGGCCCAGCCGCUUCGUGCGCCUGGUGGCGGCCGUGGUGGCGGCCUUCGCGCUCUGCUGGGGGCCCUACCACGUGUUCAGCCUGCUGGAGGCGCGCGCGCACGCCGACGCGACGCUGCGGCCGCUCGUGUGGCGCGGCCUGCCCUUCGUCACCAGCCUGGCCUUCAUCAACAGCGUGGUCAACCCGCUGCUCUACGUGCUCACCUGCCCCGACGUGCUGCGCAAGCUGCGGCGCUCGCUGCGGAGCGUGCUGGAGAGCGUGCUGCUGGACGACAGCGAGCUGGGCGGCCUGGGCAGCAGCCGCCGCCGCCGCGCCUCCGGCCCCCGCCCCGCCCCCGGCCCCGCCCCCGGCCCCGCCCCCGGCCGCCGGCCCGCCGGGCCCGCGCGCCUGCUCGCCUGGCUGCGGGGCGGCGCCGUGGCGUCCCCGCAGAGGUCGCGCGCCCGGUCCCAGGACGAGAGAGGCCCCCUGAACCGGGCGCUGAGCACCACCUCGGGGUAGAGCGCGGCCGGCCCGAGGCCUCCCUCCCUCCCCCCCGCACCCAGGGAGGCAGAGGAGGGCGGCGAAGCCGAGCUAGGGCUUCCGGAGGGGGACGCCUGGCAGCAGCGACCCAGGGAUCUGCAUUGCGGAGCGCCCCGCCUCCUCGGCUCUUUGAGUCUUCAGCAGGCGGGCGGGACGCCGAGGUUCAGCAUUUCCAGCAAGCUCCCAGGAGGCGGGGUCAGCGCUGCUGGUCGGCGGACUCCGUUUGGGGCGACACACGGUGAAAACCACAAGAUUUCUCCCACUGGGUUGUGGACUCCCACGGCACGCAGGACGCACUCGCCCUGAAGCUCAGCUCUA